UACGCCUUAAUUUUAAUAGUCGGUCACACUUGGACUAAAAUUAAAACUGAUAAACAUUUAAGAAAUAAAUAUGAGUGGGGCUCACAGAGAGGCGAUCCAAAAACAAAUCCACCAGGACUGGGCGAAUAGGGAGUACAUCGAGGUCAUAACAGCCAGCAUAAAGCGAAUAACCGACUUUCUCAACUCGUUUGAUAUGUCCUGUCGAUCACGGUUGGCCGUACUAAACGAAAAGCUCACGAUCCUCGAGCGACGCAUAGACUACUUGGAGGCGUGCGUAGCCCAGGGCGAAACAUUAACGUAAAUGCCCAGCCCUUUCUUCUGCCCUCACUCUUACACUAAGCUUUGUACAUUCAUAAGAUAAUUAAAAAUACUGAUAAAAUA